GUCGUCACACAUCUCUAAUUUAUUUUCACACGCCAUUUUACAAUAAAAUUUGUAACGAUCUGACGCUUUAAUCUUCUAAGACAGUUUGUGCUCAGCGAGUAAUAAGAACUCCUGCUAUUCUAUUGAUCAAAAAGAGUUUGUGUUCAUCGUUUAUUUGUCAUGGAUCGUGGCGGUUAUGGUGGUGGUGCCGGACAGGGAUAUAAUAAUUUCGCUGUCCCCCCACCAAACUACCAACAAAUGCCAAAUAAAACGGGUAACUACAACGAGCCACCUCCGAACUACAGCAAACAAGGCGGUGGUUAUGAUUCCGGUUCCGGUCAUCGUGGUUCUGGUGGCAGCGGUGGUGGCGGCGGCGGCGGCUCAUGGAACGACAGAGGAGGCAAUUCCUACGGAAAUGGAGGCGCCAGCAAGGACAGCUACAACAAAGGACCCAGUGGAUACUCUGGCGGCGGCGGUGGAGGAGGAGGCGGUGGCUCCAGUGGCGGCGACAUGAUCACCCAGGAGGACACAAUUUUUGUCUCUGGCAUGGAUCCAUCAACCACCGAGCAGGAUAUUGAAACACACUUCGGAGCUAUUGGAAUUAUCAAGAAAGACAAGCGUACGAUGAAGCCUAAGAUUUGGCUGUACAAGAACAAGGAGACCGGUGCAUCAAAGGGAGAAGCCACUGUCACUUAUGAUGACACCAAUGCUGCACAGUCCGCCAUCGAAUGGUUCGACGGACGGGAUUUUAACGGCAAUGCGAUCAAGGUGUCGCUGGCCCAGCGCCAGAAUAACUGGAACAAGGGCGGCGGUGGUCGCGGUGGAUUUGGUGGACGACGUGGUGGUGGCGGAGGCGGUGGUGGUGGCGGCGGAGGUGGUGGUGGUGGAGGCCGAUUUGAUCGAGGAGGCGGUGGUGGCGGUAAUGGAGGUGGCGGCGGACGCUUCGAUCGAGGAGGUGGUGGUGGAGGCGGCGGCGGAUCUGGCGGCGGCAAUGUGCAACCACGUGAUGGCGACUGGAAGUGCAACAGCUGUAAUAACACCAACUUCGCUUGGCGCAAUGAGUGCAAUCGUUGCAAGACACCCAAGGGAGAUGAUGAAGGCUCCAGCGGUGGUGGCGGCGGCGGCUACGGCGGUGGUGGCGGCGGAGGGUAUGACCGAGGAAAUGAUCGCGGAUCUGGCGGAGGUGGAUAUCAAAACAGAGAUCGCGGGGGCAACUCGCAAGGAGGUGGUGGCGGAUAUUCGCGAUUCAAUGACAAUGGUGGAGGUGGCGGUGGUGGACGUGGUGGUCGAGGAGGUGGUGGAAACCGUCGGGAUGGCGGUGGUCCCAUGAGGAACGAUGGAGGCAUGCGUUCCAGGCCAUACUAAGCGCAUGCCUUCCGAUGGCAUCUAUUUUUUCACAUUAACGUAUUAAUUGUAGCGAGUACUCUUUUAAAUGUACUUUUAAAUUUACCAGUCAGAGCUAAACUUAAAUACCAGCACACAUCUUCAUUUGAACCGAUUUCUAGGCAACACGGACACGGUUAUUGCUCGAUUUGACUGACUUAUAUAUAUAUGUAAUCUAAUUUAACAAUUGUAAUUGUAACAAGGUACAUACGAAUAAAAUAUAUAUAUAUAUAUAUAUAUAGCUCACAUAUAUAUGUAUAUAUGUAUAAA